ACAACAUCACAUGAUUCCCAGACGGAACUUAAACGCCUCACAAUCUUCAUUUUGAUCUGUUAAUUCGUGGAGUUUUUAAGCACAAAAACCGUCAUGAUGAAGUGUGGAGGAAUUUCCGACAUCGCGAAGGACGCCGACGAGGACAUUCAGAAGCUCUGUGACAGCGUGAAAAGCGACGUAGAGGCCAAAGUGGGAAAGAACUUGGAUGUCUACGCAGCUAAGAGCUAUACGUCGCAGAUUGUGGCCGGAACCAACUACUUCAUAAAGGUCCAUGUGGGAGGAGACGAGCAUCUUCACCUCCGUGUUUACCGGAAACUACCAUGUGAUGGAGGAGAGGCUGAGCUGCAUAGUCUGCAGCAAAACAAGAGCCAUGCUGAUCCUAUUCAAUACUUCUAAAGGGAUAAGAAUUCAAAGAGUCCUAUGAGAGGUCACAGGCAGUUUUUUCCAUCGUAAUCACUCAAGAUUUCAUUAUCUUAGCUCUCUAUAUUGAACUGUUGUACAUCAUGAAAUUUUGAUCAUAGGAUGUCAAAGUGGAACCUUUUUUACUGAGAGAUUUAAUAAAUUACUGAAUUAA